UUUAGGCAGCAGGGUUCCAGACGAGCUUAAUUAUGCUCGUUUUAAUUUUUAUAAUUUAAUUUCAUUUUGGUAGGAAAAAUACUUGUUAAUUCACUUUUCUAGUCAGUAGUAGCUUCUGAAGCAAGCCUUAUUACAAUUAUGGGGACAAAAGUCUUUGUGGGAGCCAGACAACAUCUUCUGGUUUGAGACUUGUCAUCUCAAAAGCCUCACUGAGGAUACCAAUGUCAUCCAGAUCUGGCAGAGCAAGAGAGUAUGAAACUAGUGACCAGUUGCCUGGUCGUUCAGCUUCCCCCCCAGCCCCAGAGUUUAGUGAGACUGAGGCUGAAGGCUUGAUAUUUUAUCACAUGGAUCUUUACGGAUCAAAGGAGAGGUUUGAUAUAUUUCCUGAAGAGCCAUCUGGUCAAGUAGACAGAUCUCUGGGAGAUACCAGAAGGGAAUCCACAUUGAAUAGCGAGAAAUUUCAGUGCUCACAAGAAGCUGGAUAUGACUUGGAAAAGGAGGUUGCAGAGUUGGCUAGGAUGUAUGGACUUGAUGAGGAUAGAGAAAAAGAGCUUGAACUUCUUGGAGGGCACCUGGAGACGGUGGAGAGCAAAUGGCCACCUGCCCAUGCAGAAAAAGCAGGAUCACAGGGCUCUGUACAUAAUGCAUCAAAAAGCAGCUCUCCAGUGAAAGAUCAAAGUCAAACCACAAAGCAACAGGGACUUCCUAGUGAGGCUUCUCAAGAUGGAGAUCAGAGCAAAGCCAGAGUGGAGGAUGAGGCUGAGAGCCACACGUGGUCCAGAGAGGGGCUUAGCAGUGGUGGCAUGUCAGAUGAGUGGAGCAGUCAGCCUGUCAGUGAGGAGGAGGAGGCGGCAGAUGUUUUUUGCUGUACCUGCAAGAUGCCAAUCCGAGCUUUUGACAAACUGUUUGGUGAGCACAAGGAUCACGAGGUGGCUCAGCUCCCCAGUGCUGUGGAAAGUGAAAAGGAGGAGAUUCAUAAGAAUAUGUGCAAGUUGGAAGAGCAGAUUGCUCAGAUGGAAAACUUCGCCAGUCACUUGGAGGAAAUCUUCAUCACUGUAGAGGAAAACUUCGGAAGGCAGGAGCAGAACUUUGAGGCGCAUUACAAUGACGCGGUGCAAGUGCUCGCUCAGAAGUACGAAGAACAGCUGGAAGCUCUGGGGGAAGAGAAGAGGCAGAAACUGGAAGCUUUGUAUGGGCAGCUGGUCAGUUGUGGGGAACAUCUCGACACCUGCAAGGAGCUGACAGACGCAACCCAGGAGCUUUUCCUGGAAAACAACAAAGCCAAUUUUAUGAAGGCAGCAGUAACCAUGGUUGACAGGCUGGAAGAAUUCUUAAAGAAAGAAUUGCACUUAGAGCUUUCAACACUGCCAGACUUUGAAGAGCGGGUCAUAGAUUUCUCUGAAGUUGAACAACUAAUGAACUCCAUUAAUACUAUUCCAGCUCCUUGUGCCCCUGUUAUCAAUCCCCAGGCUCCCAAUACAGCAACUGGCACCUCACUGAGAGUUUGCUGGGGCCUCUUCUCGGAUGACACCGUCGAGUGCUACCAGCUGUGCUAUAAACCAGUGAGCACCGAGAGGCACAGUGAUGAACAAGCAGAGCAUACGCUAAAAGUCAAAGAAACAUACUGCACCAUUACUAAUCUGUUGCCAAAUACACAAUAUGAAUUUUGGGUCAGUGCUGUAAAUGUCUCUGGUAUCAGCCCACCAAGUGAAAGAGCAGUUUAUGUCACAGCUCCUUCACCACCUACCAUAAAGACUAAAAAGAUCCGAAGCUGUGAAAAUGCAGCACUGGUGUGCUGGGAAUCUAGAGACAUUAACCCUGUCGAUUCCUACACAGUUGAACUGUCCAAGCUGACAGAUGAAGAAAAUGGUGAAAUUACUGAAUCUAUUGUUGGGAUUCCUAACUGUGAAGUCCUAAUUCACCUUCAGCCAACACAAAGCUAUCGCAUCUGUGUUAGAGCCCUAAACCUGGGUGGUUCCAGUGAAAGGAGUGAACCUGUCCUGAUACACACCACAGGCACCUACUUCUGCCUUAACGAGGACACAGCCCAUCCUUUACUGGCAAUUCUAGAUGAUGGAUUUACAAUUGCAUGUGAUGAACUGGAAAACCCGGAGUGUGAUCUGCCUGUCUAUGAUAACAGCUUUACAAGAUGUAUUGGGAUCCUGGGCAGUCUGAUCCCAUUUCCAGGAAAGCAUUACUGGGAGGUGGAAGUUGAGGAAGAUACAGAGUACAGAAUCGGCGUGGCUUUUGAAAACACUCCGAGACACGGUUAUCUGGGGGCAAAUAACUCAUCCUGGUGCAUGAGGCACAUCAUCACACCAUCGAGGCACAAGUAUGAAUUUCUGCACAGUGGGAUGACACCAGACAUCAGAAUUACUGUCCCACCCAAAAGGAUUGGCAUCCUGCUGGACUACAAGAACUGCAAACUGUCAUUUUUCAACGCAGAUAUUGCCCAGCACCUUUACACAUUCAGCUCACAGUUCCAGCAUUAUGUCCACCCCUGCUUUGCUCUGGAAACACCUGGUAUCUUACGGAUACAUACUGGAAUUGCAACACCCCCGUGGACUGCCCUCCCAUAACCUGUGUUCUCCAUCUACCACAUCUGUGUGUAACUGCUGAGCAAUGCCCUCUUCCGGCACUUACUGCUCCAUCACGCUCCCUACAAACCACAGAGCAAAGCAACCCUGACCCAAACCAGCUGCCAGGCCUGAGCCCUUACAACAGUCUGUUCUCUGAGGUGGGAUCUUAGCAGACAACCGUUAUAGUCACAAGAUCCAUCAGCAUCCCAGAAUUCUCCAGUUAGAAAUGGAUAGCAUCCUUCUCAGAGGUGACACUGUCACCAAGCAGCAGUGGCAGCUGGAUCACUGGUUCCCCCAGCACCCAUUUGGUACCUAGGAAACUCCUCUGUUCCAGAGCAAUCACCAAUUCCACUCUUGUGUCUGCUGAAGAGCUAAAAACUGAAAGAAAAACAAAACCAGCAAAAGGCAUAAUCACUGUACAGCCGCUAGACAGAGCUGAAAACACUCCAACCAUGAAGCUGAUCGCACAAUCAAGUAUUCUUGUCGCUACAUGAAUUCUGUGACACAGGAUAAUCAAAUACACCUCCCUUGUGUGUGAACUGUGAGUGCCUACCAUACACAGUGAGGCUUUUUGAAAUGCCCAAGCGUGCGCUGUAGUCUCACACAUUAAAAAGACACUUUUACAUAAUA